AUGGCUCACAGAUCAGCAACGGGGUCGUAUUCAUUCUUAACGGAGUUGUAUGAGAUUGUGAAUGAUCACUCGUUGGAUGGAAUCAUCUCGUGGAGCAAGAACAGCAACAACAGUUUCGUCGUUUGGGAUGUCGAUCAGUUGUGCACGAAGGUUCUGCCCAAAUCUGUAGAGUUCGGCAGGAAUUUCUCGGAGUUUGUGUCGGAGCUUCUCUAUCAUCGGUUUCAUAGAAUCGGUCGGUUUGAGUUUCGGCAUGAAAAAUUUGUGAGAAGUCAACCUUGGCUUUUGAAGAGGAUGGUGCCGAGCAAAGCUAGCAACGACAAGUUUGGUGGUAAACUCAAAGCGAAGAGAGACAAAGCCAAAGCAAGGAAAGUUAGAGCCAAAGUUGUUCGUCUCCUGGAGAAUUUGAAAAUCUGAUCUUUUUUUUUUUAUGUGUAAUGAAACUUGGCCUUUUCAGAAACAAUAGUAAUUAUGUUCUGUUGUAUUUUUCAAAUUUAGUAGAUGUGUUGUAUGAUG